UCCUCCCAUCUGAAUAAACCUCCAUCUGGUGCAGCUGAGCUGACUGUAACAUGCUGUGAUGAUGUCACUUACCGGAUGAACCCGCAGCUGCAGUUGUUUCACGUCAAAACAAUCCGGAAGACGAUACAGCAUGACGGAACUGUCGGUGCAGCCGAGCGGAAGUUACAGGGCUGAAAUAAAAACAUUACUGUUUAGCCGCGGUAGCUGUCCUUAAUAAUGUUGCGACAUAGAAGACAAACAUAGCGACUUAGGUUUAUCCUUAAUUGUAGCCUAUAUGAGUCUGAAGUCCAGUUUAGUCCAGUCCAGGCUCGCGUUUUGUGGAUUCAAAGUCCAUGUUUGUUAACAAAUCGUAGCAGCUCUAGGUAAUAAAGUGCUAUAGCUCAUCGCAGACUGUUCAGAGUCAUCAUGGGCAAUGGAAUGAAUAAGGUUGUUGAUGGGCUCUACCUUGGGAAUAUAAGAGAUGCAGAAAACAGAGAAAGUCUGUCUCAGAAUGGCAUCACCCACAUCCUGUCUGUGUACAACAAUGCUAAGCCUGUGUUUGAGGACAUGACUUACCUUUGUAUUCAUGCAGCUGAUGCUUCCAGCCAGAAUCUGUUACAGCAUUUUAAGGAGUGCAUCAGCUUCAUCCAUGAAUGUCGCCUGAAUGGUGGAUCUUGUCUGGUUCACUGCCUUGCGGGUGUGUCCCGCAGCACGACCAUGGUGGUGGCCUACCUGAUGACUGUCACCCACUACAGUUGGGAGGAGUGUCUGUCUGCGGUCAAAGCUGUUCGCUCUUUUGUCGGCCCAAACUAUGGCUUCCAGCAGCAGCUGCAGGAGUACCAGACAACACAAGUCUCAGAGUACAGAGCAUGGUUACGGUCCAGUUUCCGUCCCAGUCCAUUUAAUGACCAGGAGCAGGUGGGAGCCCUGCUGAGCCAGUACACAGAACAACAGGAAAGCCAGAGGAGAGGAGCAGACCAGCGCUGGAUAAAUCGGGAUGUAGGUGUCUGUUCUCUGCCGUCCAACCCUGAUGAGCCUGAAGGAAGCAGCUGAACCACGGGUUUCUGAUCAUGCCGACUUUCCUGUCCAGUUCUGUCUGGAAAAGGCAGUAGCUAUUGCUCUGUACUCAAUUCCAAAUCAACCCCAAGCUGUAUCCAACAUUAAGGCCUUUGUACGACUCUGUACAAUUUAUUAAAUGUCCCCUUAAAAGCAUAUUUUUUUUUACACUUUAUUGUCAUCUGUCUAGUGUCUCACUUUUAAGCAAUGGAGGUUGAUUUAGAAUUGGGUCACACACUUCACUACCAGUACCUCCCAUUUACAGCCACAACAGGGGUAUCGGUGCUCACAGACGCCUUACUCUAAACACCUCAGCACCUUAGCCAUGAUUUAAUAACCUGUACUUCCACGUGGACUCUUUAAACCUGUAACGUUCAGCUUGGUAGCCUUAAAGAGAUGUGACUGAUUAACGCUGUCUUAAAGGAACAUUUUGCCUCUAAUUAUGUGCAGGUCUAGCCUGUGCUUGCGGACUAUAAAAAAUCUAUGUAAAAUAAAUCUACAACCAAUUUGGUGUCCACUAUUGAAAGAAAUUGUCCCUAUACGUACAGGUUUGCAGUUCAGCAUAGGUGUAAUGGUAAACCCUGUCAAAUAGCUAAACACCACUGACCUUGCAUGUACCAGUCAAAUGCACAAUUAACAAACAAUGAUAGUGGAAUUGUUAGCAGAUUUGCUAGCCAGUUAUAACAACAAAAAAUGUAUUACUGUUGCACAUCACUGCCCAGGUAGUUAACAGCAUUUGUUUACAGAAACAACCAGUAGGAAACUGCCCUUUCAUUCCAGUUGGUACUUUUUGUUUCUUUGAUGAAAAUUCCAAGCUAUCUGUUGUCACGUAUCUCGGCACACUAAAUGCUCUGUCAUCUGCAACAGAAUCCAGCAACAACAGUUGACGGCAGAACAUAUCGACUUGGUUUCAAUAGAACAAAUGCUGUGGGUGGGAUCCACCUGGUACUUCCAGCUUUGUACUUCCACCCAUCUAGCUUUAUCUUUAUUGCCUCAACCAACAGAACUUCUGUUGAGUUACCUCUUAUCAGGCAGAGAAGCCCAAGAAAAAAAUACUUACAACAGCCAAACCCUUGCUGUUGUUUGUCCACUAUCAACUACUGUCAGAUAAGUUAGAGGUGUCUUUUUUUUCUUUUAGUAAAAAAGGCACACUUCUAUCCAACUAACAGUUGGAUAGAAGUGCAGAGAACAUUGGCUCAUACAGGAGUAACAUAAGUUUCAAAAUCGGCUAAAUGUUCCUUUGAGUAGUACACUGCAGGUUAAUUUGAGAGGCUAUGUAAAAUAUGGCUGAGUUAAACUAUAACUACACAUGAAGGAUUUCUGCAGUCCAAAAGUCUUCCUGAUUUUAAGAAAGCUCUGAUUUAUCUUUUUAUUGUGGAAAAGCUGAUUUUUAGGGAAUUUGUGUUAUAAAUGUAUGGGUACAGUUAAGUGUUUUAAUUGCAUAUUUAUGGUGUUUUUUGUUUUGUGUUUUAUAAUAAAAUGCAGUGAUUGACAAAAAAUAUGGAAAUGCUAAUAAAUCUGUACUAUCAAUGA